AUGUCCUCCCUCCGCACGCGCAAAUCCGCGACACCGACCUCGGCCAAACGCACGCCCUCGACCAGCAAGCUCUCGAAGCCCACCAAGCGGCCCGACGCGGACGCGCGCAAGUCGCGCGUCGACGACCGCAUCAAGAAGCGCCUGAGCACGCGCUACGCCGACAUCUCCGGCCCGACGUCGCUGAGCGGCGCACCGGCCGUGCCCUCGCUGCCCGCUGCACUACGACCUGGCGGCUCAGGCUUAGGACUUGGAUUCUCAGGCAGCGCAAGAGACAAUGAUGAGAGCGCCGCGCCGGUCGUCGCGCGGCCGACGAAGGAGGAGUUGAGAGAGGCGGAGAAUAAGCUGCUCGAUAGCGACGAGUUUGACGCGGACGCGUUUAUGAAGGCGAAGCUUGCGAACUCGACCGAGGCGGAGCUGAAGAGCCUGCAGAGCUCGCUGCAGGGCUCCAAGGACGACGUCGCCGUCGAUCUACAGCGGACGGUGUUCAAGAACUACGCCGAAUUCGUCCUGAUCUCGAAAGAGAUCAGCACGCUCGAGAACGAAAUGCUCGAGCUCAAAGAGUCGCUCGCCGAAUGGAAGUCCAUGCCGGGCGUGCUCCACAUCGACGACGGCGCCUCGGCCGCGGACCGCCGGCGCAACGUGCGCUCCUCGCUCGCGGACCUGCGCGUGCUCUACGCCGGCCAGAUGCAGGCCUUACAUUCCCAAAUCGAGGGCAGCGCCAAGUUCGUGCCGACGACGCCGGGAAGGCACGUCGUGGGCGAGGUCGACGGCGUGGUCGCGCUCAACGCCGCGACGUACAAGCCCAUCCACAACGUCCGCUUCGUGCUGCUCGACGACGCCGUGCUCGUCGCGCGCCGGCGCAAGCGGCGCGCAGCCGGUGAAAGCGAGCGGUUAGUGGCGGACCGGUGCUGGCCGCUGGGCGACAUGCUCGUGCUCGAUACGAAGGACUCGGCGGGGCUCGUGAACGUGUUCAAGAUCAGGCACGGGAAGGAGACGCACGUGUAUAGGACGGAUACGAGCGCGGAUAAGAAGAACUUGCUGGCGCAGUUUAGGUCGGUGGCGGAGGAGCUGCAGCAGAAGCGGAGGAGGGAGAGAGAGGGCGAGCACGAGCGGCGCAAGACCGUCUGGUCUGCUUCAGACAAAACGGGCGACGACUGGAUGCGCGACCUCGCCCAACAAGCCGGCAUGACGGACAGCGCGAAAGAAAAGGCCGAGCGCGACGCGCGCUGGGCCGCCGACUUCACCGACGACCUCACCGUCGCCAUCGCCCUGCGCGAAUGGGAGCGCGCCGUCGCGCUCGUCGAGCAGGGCGAGUCCAAACAGGCCGUCACGCCCGCUUUGCAAUCCAAGCUCGCGCCCUUGACCGCGUCUCUGACCGCCUCUUUGCUCCAAGCCCUCUCGAGCCCGCACAACACCAAGCAGCCUGUGGUCAGGAUCAUUCAUCUGCUCGUGCGGCUGCACGCGGGCGCGGCGGCGCGCACGACCUUCCUCUCCGCGCGCGCCGAGGCGAUCAAGCGCCUGAUCCGCAUGAUCCGCUUCGAGGGCCAGGCGGGCGUCUACGUCAACGACCUCGCCGUCGUCGUCUUCACCGCCGUCAAGCACACCGCGGACUGGUACCUCGCCGCGUUCAAGGACAACGCGGACGCGUCGGCUUUAGUUGAAUGGGCAAGGGCGCAGGUGGAAGGGUUCGCGAGUGCGUUUAGGAGACAGGUUUUUGGGGGCGGGUUGAGCGAGCGGGCGGUGGCGGAGGAGGCGGUCGCGAUUGCGCUGUUGCAGCAUCGGAAGCUGUUGCAGGAGAGCGGGAUCGAUUUCCGCUUCUUACUCGACGACCUCCUUCAAGAGAACCCGCCGGAGAAGCCCGCGCCGCCGCCGACGAUGGUGCUCUCGUUCAGCACCGCUUCGUCUUCUUCGUCCUCCAGCUCGAGCGUGACGCCGAGGAGUAACCGCACGACGCCCGCGCCCAGCCGCGCGCGCACGCCCAAUCCCCCCACUACAUCCCAGCCCGACUCCAGUAGACCGCCGAUACCGCCCAUCCCCGCGUCGUCAUCCGCGCCUAUACGCUCUACGACGCCUUCCUCAACCGGACGCGCUCCGACGCCCACGUCGUCCGGCCGCGCGCCGACGCCUACGGGUCGAUCGAGCACACCGUCAGGUUACAGGGAGAGGGAAAGGGAGCGGGAGAGAGGAGACAGACCCACAACGCCCUCGGCGUACCGCUCCACCGCGCCCUCGACCCCCUCCCGCGGCGCAUCGCGCCCCUCAACGCCCGACCGCUCCACGGCGCCCGCCUCGCCGCGCAUGCCGACGCCUAUCCGCGCGCAGGCGUCUUUUACGUCUUCCGUGUCGUCUCGCAGCGGCGUUUACGGUGGACUGGGGACGGAUGGUGGGUAUGGGGGGAAUGGGCCGGAGAGCCCGCGGCUGCCGCCGCGGAGCAGGGAUCGGCCGCCGAGCGUUAGUACGAAUGCGAGUGGGGUGAGCGGGAGGGGAGGGGGGACGUAUUUCUAG